AUGACCUCAACCCCACGCUCACGACGAAAAUCCUUCCAAGAAAUCGCCAACACAAAACUCGAAGGCAUCGACUACAAAAUCUCAGUCAAGAAUCGCAAUUCUGCUAUUGUAAUCAUUGCACCCCAUGGCGGAGACAUUGAGCCCGGAACAUCGCAAAUAGCGGCAGCGAUAGCAGGUGACGAGUUAUCUUUGUACGAUUUCCAAGGCUUGAGGAAUACAAAUGGGCAUAGGGAGUUGCAUCUUGCUUCGCAUCGGUUUGAUGAACCGAGGGCGUUGCAGCUUAUUGAGAGUGCUGAGACGGCGGUUGCGAUACAUGGAAGGAGAGAUGGGGAUGAUCCUCGUCGAGUGUGGAUUGGAGGACUAGAUACGCAACGAUGCAAGAGAACAAUGGUGGAGCUGGUGAAAGCUGGGUUUGAAGCUGUGGUUCGCAUUGAGAGAUCGGUUGAAGGAUGA